GGAGGGGAGGAAGUGAUGAUGCCCUUGUUUGUUGUUGAUGGUAGAAAGGGGGGAUGGAUGAGGAGGGGGGUUUCUGUAUCAUUGUAUCAAGCGGCGUUCUUGAUGGGGCGGGUCUAUUACGGCGUUGAUGGUUUGGGCCAGAUAUAAAACGGACGCUAAUUUCAGUUGUCGGGAAAUCUCAUACGGUGUUCUUUUGGGCGACUUGGACUUGGGAUUCGUUCCACAGCUGAAUGCAACCAAGGAGACAAGAAACACUCACUUGCGGGGAUGGCAGCUCUUGCGAACACGACUUGCUUGUCACCAGGACACCAAUGCGUCUCAUUACCUCCCGGAACCCCAAUCCUCUAUCGUACAACUCCGCUGUCCUCCAAAAAAAAAGAAAAUCAAGUCCCAGCUGUACCACCCUUGUAGUUUCUAUCCCUUCCCGAUCAGAUGGCCCAGAUCGAUCCUGGAAACAUCAGACAAGACACAUCCACCACCUUCAAAACUGACACGCCCUCCGCCAUAUCCACGGCCUGCUUGCCCCAAUAAUGCUAUGCACCUAAUCAGAGGGGGCCUAUCCGAUAUCGCUCCGAUCUUCACUUCAAAUCUUGGAUACUCAGGCCGCCCCACGACGGCAUCGAGACAGAAACAAACAAACGAAAUGAAACUUGCGACAACAGAAUGGGACAUAGCUAUCCCCGUCCUCCUCAACAAACAGGGGCAUGCGUGUAAAACUCCAGAGUCCUGGGUGGGGUAUUCCAAUUGAAAAAGCAGAGCCAGACCAAAAAGAUAUCGCACUCGAAAGAUGACGCUCAGUGGAUCGGCUGGCCACAGCCGAAGAAGACGAGGAACGAUGACAUUGGCGCCAAAACCGCCCUUUUGUAUGCUCAGAAAGUGUUGGAUAAAAUAGGAGGGGCGGUUCGAGGUGU